CCCCGCCCUGAGCGGGCCUCGGGGCACGGCGCCCGCCCCCUCGGCCCCGCCGUCAUGGCGGAGGACCCGGGGGCCGAAGUCCUGCUGGACCUGAGCUUCCUGACGGAGGAGGAGCACGAGGCCAUCGCUGCCGUGCUCACCAGGGAUGCCCGCCUGCGGCUGCUGGAGGAGGGGAGGGUCAGCAAGCUGCGGGCGACCCUGUCCGACCCGGAGCGGCUGAAGACCCUGACGGGCGACUGGUUCCACGAUGCCCGCUCCAAGAGGCACCGCCAUGCCCACCUGGGCUCCGACCUCGUCCGCGCCUCCAUCCGCAGGAAGAAGAAGGCCAAGAGUGACGGGGAGCACCGGGGUGGCCGGAGCGAACACCUGGAGGACGUCGGGGAGGGGGAGAGCGCGCCCUCGGAGCCCGAUGCCAGGUACCCGGGAGAGGCCGACCUCCGGGAGCAACCGCUCACUGAAGACCCCGAUACAGAGCCGGACGACGAGCCCAGAUCCCCGGCGGCAGCAGCAGCAGCAGCAGCAGCGUCGCCGUGGCCUGUGGGCGUGGAGCGGGCCGGGCCGCCGCCUCAGCCGGAGCCGGAGCCUGAUCCGGAGCCGGAGUUUGUAGCUGACCCUGAGGAGGCGGCUCCGGAUCCCCGGCGCGCCGAUCCAGUCCGGGAUCCGGAGCCGCAGGCCGCCGCCGAGGCCUCGCCCCAGAGCGAGCAGGCCCUGGAGAACGGGCAGGAGGAGACUCCGGGCGACCCCGAAGGUGGGGGCGGCGACCCCGGGUCCCCCCUCUCCAAGAUGCUCAGCAGCAGCUCGUCCGUGUCCAGCCUCAGUUCGUCCACGCUGAGCGGCAGCCUGCUGAGUCUGUACAGCGAGGCCGAGCUGAGCUCGGGGCCCGUCCGGGGGGCCAUCCAAGUGUCCCUGCUCUACGAGCAGGCCCGGAGAGAGCUGCAGGUCACGGUCAUCCAGUGCCGGGGCCUGGCCGAGGCCAAGAAGCGACGAUCGGACCCGUACGUGAAAAGCUACCUUCUCCCGGACAAGUCCGGCAGGAGUAAGCGCAAGACGGCCGUGAAGAAGCGCAACCUGAACCCGGUCUACAACGAGACCCUCAAGUACCCGAUGGAGCGGAGCGAGCUGCCAGGCCGGGUGCUGAGCCUGUCCGUGUGGCAUCACGACAGCCUGGCACGGAACCUCUUCCUGGGGGAGGCCGAGAUCCCGCUGGACACGUGGGACUGGGACAGCGCCGAGCCCGCCUGGCUCAAUCUGCAGGCCCGGAGCCCGGGAGGCCCGGAUGCCCUCCCGACCCGAGGCCAGCUCUCCCUGGCCCUCAAAUUCAUCCCCGCCGGGUACGAAGGCGCCGGGCUGCCGCCCAGCGGGGAGCUGCAUUUCUGGGUCAAGGACGCGCAGAAUCUCAUCCCGCUCCGCUCGGGACCCCUCGACUGCUACGUGCAAUGCUUCGUGCUGCCCGACGCCAGCCGUGCCAGCCGGCAGAAGACACGCGUGGUGAAGCGGAGCCUCAGCCCCGUGUUCAACCACACGAUGGUCUACGAUGGGUUCCGGGCGGACGACCUGCGCCAGGCCUGCGCCGAGCUCACGCUGUGGGACCGUGACACCUUCACCAACCGCCGGCUGGGGGGCACCCGCCUCAGCCUGGGCACCGGCAGCAGCUACGGCCUGCAGGUCACCUGGAUGGACUCGACCCCUGAAGAGCAGCAGCUGUGGCAGCGGCUCCUGGCCCAGCCUGGCGAGUGGGUGGAGGGCAUCCUGCCCCUCAGGACCAACCUCACCUCCCGCGCCUAGCCGCCCCGCUCCGGGUCGCACGGUCCCGCCUGUGCCCCCGGCCUCCGGGCAGGGAGGCCUCCUCACCAGGCCCAGGGAGCAGGUGCCCGGGCCGGAGGGGUGCCCGCGGGGCUGGGCGGGAGCAAUAAAAUCUGUUACC